AUGAACGAGCGCUCGCGCGGACGGUGGAAACACCCACACACAGAAGAUGAAGGUUGGAACAGUAGCAGCCAAACAAAGGAGAAGGGAAAUGGGAGGAGGAGGGGCGGAAUUCAGAUUACAAACAUAGGGUCAAUGUUUGGCGAGAUCACCGACAUUGUGCUUGGACUCUGGAGAGGGAACGAGGUGGACAGGGCAAAGCUUACAGCUCAGACGCCUCGCUUUGGCAGUGAGGAGAUCAAUCAAGCGAAAACUAGGGUCCAUGUCACGUCAGGGUACAGUUCUAGAACUGCUAUCUCCGGCAUCAACGAGGUUUGGCAAGUCCUCCCUCCAGAAGACCAUACCAAAAAUGGAUUUACUCCGAAGCGCCUCCCAAGUUUACGAAACGGACCGCCCAUCCGUUCAAAUUUCAGUUCUGCGGGAAAAUCGAGUCUAUUGGCAGAAAUUGAGCUCAACAAGCUCUAUCUGACGAGAAUUACUCCAGGAACGAUCACCCGAGCUUACGAAACAUGA